AUGGGCACAAUUAAUAUACCAAAUUCAACAACACCAACAACAACCAAUAAAGUUAGUACAACACCAACAAGAACAGGAGCAUUAAAUGGCACAAGUAAAAGUAGUAAUAAUUUAAUAAAUGAUAAUAAACCAAAUAAAACAAAUAUUGCCAAUUUAAAUUUAAAUAAUAUAAAUAGUAAUAUUAAUAAUAAUAAAAUUAUUAAUACCAAACCACCUACAUUAACUACCACAACUACUACAACAACAACAUCAUCAUCAUCUAAUAAAUUUGAACCAAAAAAUUUUAUGAAUGAAGAUUUUUCAAAAUAUAAUAAUAUUAAUAAUAAUAUUAAUAAUAUUAAUAAUAAUAUUAAUAAUAAAUCAAAUCCAAACCAAAUUAUUGAAAAUAUUAAACAGCAGCAUCAACUUCAAAUGUUUCAACAAAAAAUGAUGGAGCAAACUCAAGAAUUUCAAGAUAAACAAUUAAAAGAAUUUCAAAAUUUACAAAAGAAAAUGAUAAAUGGCGACGAAAAUGAUAGUGAAAGUUCAAGCGAUGAAGAGGAAAAUUUAUCACCAAGAACAUUAAGAGAAUUAAAAAAUAUACAGAGAAUGAAAAAUUUAGAGAAAUUUAGUCCUUCCUAUUUAAUUUCAAAGAAAUCAGAUCCAUAUAUAAAAUCAUUACCAAAAUUCUCUGAAUGGUCAAAAGAAAGACCAUUUUUAAACUAUGGCUAUUUAUCAAAUAUUUCAACAAAAUAUACAAAUACAAAUACAAAUUUAAUUUUACCUGGAAAAUAUGAAAAUACAAAAAUAGAAUUAAAUCAAUUUCCAAAUUAUUUUAAAGAACAAAUUUUAAUUGAGGAUUUAUUAUCAACAAUGAUUGGUAUUGAAGGUGAAGUUAUACAUGUUUCUUUACAAGAUACUUUGGAAGAUGAUUCAUUACAAAGCAAUUUAAUUAAAUAUGUAAUUGAGGGCGAAAUUGAUUCAAGCUCAAAUGAUUUGGUUCAAAGAAUAUUACCACUUUGCUCCUAUUAUACAUUUGUCAACGACUUUAUUAAUAUCAGAUACUCUUACGAAUGGGGUUUAAUUAACCAUUCAUUAUGCUCCAGUAUUGAUCAACUUUUAAAAGAAUAUUUAAUAUUAGUAUCACAGCUAGAAAGCCAAUUAAAAUCAGAGAAAUUAAGUUUACAACGUAUGUGGUUCUAUUUACAACCUACUAUUGCAACAUUUGAAAUACUCUUUAAAGUCACAAGUGAAAUUAUGCGAAACAACUCUCAUGGAGCUCAAGUUAUAAAUCUAUUAUGGAAAUUACAAUCAAAACAUUGCAGCGAUAAAAAGUCAGAAGAUCUCUUCUGUUACUUAAUUAGAGCCUCCACCGAGCCAUUCUUGGAAAUGUUAGAUUUAUGGAUACAUCAUGGGAUAAUUCGUGAUCCAUACUUUGAAUUUAUGAUUGAAGAGAAUAAAGAGUUGAAAAGAGAUAAUAUCAACAGGGAUUUCAAUGACAUCUAUUGGGAAGAAAGAUAUAUUUUACGUGAAAACCAAAUUCCAAACUAUUUAAAAUCAAUUGCAAAUAAAGUUUUAACAACUGGAAAAUACUUGAACGUAGUUAAAGAAUGUAAUCAAAUUUCUCAACAACAAAAAGAUAGAAAGGAGCAACCACAUCAUCAUAAUAACAAUAUCAACAAAAACAACAGCAACAAUAAAAAUAGUAAAACCUAUAAACAAUAUCAACAACAAAUUCAACAACGUGAUGACUAUGAAUUACAUAUGCCAUUAGGAUAUGAGUGCCAAAUCGAAUUUUCAAAGAACGAAAAGAACUAUAUAGAUAAAAUCGAAAAGGCUUAUGAUUAUACAAGUGGAACAUUAUUAAAUCUAUUAAUCAACGAAAAACAAUUAAUUGCAAGGUUAAAAUCAAUAAAACAUUACUUUUUAUUAUGCAAAGGUGACUUUUUUUCACACUUUAUGGAAAUUACCUAUGACGAAUUAAAGAAACCUCUAGAUGAAAUUAAUAUGGUAAAAAUGAACUCUUUGCUUCAACUUUCAUUACGUACAACCUCCAUCUCUGAAGCUGAAGAGGAUGAGUUUAAAGAUGACUUGGAAUGCGAAUUUAUUCCAUAUAAAUUAAAAGAUCAAUUAUUAAACAUCAUCAAUAUUAACGAAUUUAAUAAUCCAACUACAAAAUCAAAUACUACAACCUCAUCAACUUCAAACACUAUAAACUCAAAUAAUAAUGACCAAAAUAAUAUUUCAACCAUUACAACCGAUAAAACUAUAAAUACAACAUUAAUAACUUCAAAAUCUGCUCACGAAAUAUUAAAAACCAACAAUCUUUUUGGUAUCGAAUCAUUAGCUUUCAACUAUAAUGUAGGUUGGCCUUUGUCACUCAUCAUUGGUAAAAAAUCAAUUAUAAAAUAUCAAAUUAUUUUUAGACAUCUCUUUUUAUGCAAACAUGUUGAAAAAAUUUUGGUAGAUACAUGGAGUCAACAUCAAAUCCGUAGAAAAUUUGCAAAUAAACCAGGCCUCUCAACUCUUUUAUCUUUUACUCAUCUACUAAGACAUCGUAUGAUUAACUUUUUGCAAAAUUUAGAAUACUAUAUGAUGUUGGAGGUUUUAGAACCAAAUUGGAAUAAAAUGAAAAAUUCUAUUAAAACUUCCAAAACUGUUGAUGAUGUUAUUAGAAUACAUAAUGAUUUUUUAGAAACUUGUUUAACAGAAUGUAUGCUUACUGAUACCAAACUAGUACAUAUAUUAAUGAAGUUUAUGUCUCUUUGCAUUCAUUUUUCAAACUUUACAAAUGAUAUGUUUAAAGAUGAAAAUAAGAUUGAUAUUGAUUUGGUAAAGAAAACUAUUCAAAACUCUGAACUAAAAUUCCAUACAAUUUUAAAGUUAUUAUUAGAAACCCUAAGAUCAUUUUCAACACUAGAAUCAAAUAAACAUAUGAUUCAUUUGAUUCAAAGACUAGAUUAUAAUAAUUAUUAUUCAAAUUAUUUUGAAAAUAAUCCAAACCUUAUACCUCAACACAGAAGAACAGAAAAUAUUAGUAAUAUUAAUAAAUCACCAAAACAAUCAAUUCAACAAAAGCAACAACCAAUUCAACAACAGCCAAUUCAGCAACAACCUAUUCAACAACAAUAUCAACCAAUUCAGCAACAACCAAUUCAACAACAGCCAAUUCAGCAACAACCUAUUCAACAACAAAAACCAACACAACCAGCUCAACCUUUUACAAAUAAUUUAAUUAGCCAAAUACCUCAAAUUAUUCAACAACAAUAUCAAAGACAUAGCUCUGCAAAUCAACAAUUACCAACACAAGAUAGCUAUAGAACAAAUGGAUCUCUUCCAAAUAAUUUUAAUAUAGGUCAAACUGGUAAUUCUUCUGCAAAUACAACAACUACAACUACAACUACAAAAACACAAAUAUCUCCAACCACAAUUAAUUCGUAUGAAGAUUUAAGAAGGAAAGCAAGUGAUCUUUUAAAUAAUAAUAAAAAACAACAACCACAAGAAAUAACAAAUCACCUAACAUCUCAAACUAUUUCAGAUUUAAGCGAAAAAUUGAAAAAUAUAAAAAGUAAUAAAUUUUAA